CCCACUCAUUGUUGACAGAUCAUAUUAUCAUGUGAGCACCAGCCUCUCUGUUUUUCUGCUUUUUUUUCCCUUGUGGGUGGGUGUGGUUCUGCUUUUCUUCACUUUCCUUUUGAGCUUGUUUUUCUUGGGGUUUCUUCCUCCUCUCUUGAAUCCAGCCAUGGCUAGUGAGAGUACUGUGAUUCCAGAGCAAGUCGAGGAGGCAAUUGAAGAAGUAAAAAAAGUAGAACAAGUGGAUUUACCAAAGGGCAGAGUAGAGGAAGAAAAGCUGAAAGAAGAGGAAUUGCCGACUCAACCGGCAUCUUCAUCUAUAUUGGAAGAAAAGAUUGAGGAUAAGCUAAUUAAUCCUCCUCUAGUUGACGAGGUAAAGAAAACAGACGAUGCUCCUGUUUCGGAGGCUUCGGUUGAAUAUAAAAGCCCACCAGAGGAUCAACCAACUGCGGAGUCUGUUGAAAAAGAGCCAAAAGAGCUAACUGCAGUUGAAUCUGUUGAAAAGCAGAUGGUAGAGCAACCACCAUUGGAGGCGGUUGAGAAACAACCGGAGGAGGAGAUAAAAACAAGUGAUACCCCUGAACCACCAGUUGAAGCUGUUGAGAAAACCGAGAAAGCAGUGGAGGUUUUACAUGUUGAGGAACCAGGACCAAUAGUUGUUGUGAAAGAGGUUGAAAUUUCAGAACCGGAGCCUAAAAAGGAAGAAAUUCCAGAACCAGUUCCUGAAGUGGAGGAUAAACUCUUGGAAAAAUCUGAGGUUGCUGAAAAAGUUGAGAAAGAAUUUGCAGCAGUUGCUGAAUCUGUUGAAAAGCAGCCGCUAGAGCAAUCACCAUUGGAGGCGGUUGAGAAGCAACCGGAGGAGGAGGUAAAAACGAGUUAUACCCCUGAACCACCAGUUGAAGCUGUUGAGAAAACCGAGAAAGCAGUGGAGGUUUUACCUGUUGAGGAACCAGAACCAAUAGUUGUUGUGAAAGAGGUUGAAAUUUCAGAACCGGAGCUUAAAAAGGAAGAAAUUCCAGAAGUGGAGGAUAAACUCUUGGAAAAAUCUGAGGUUGCUGAAAAAGUUGAGAAUGAAUUUGCAGAAGUUGCUGCAUCUGUUGAAAAGCAGCCGCUAGAGCAAUCAACAUUGGAGGCGGUUGAGAAGCAACCGGAGGAGGAGGUAAAAACGAGUGAUACCCCUGAACCACCAGUUGAAGCUGUUGAGAAAACCGAGAAAGCAGUGGAGGUUUUACCUGUUGAGGAACCAGAACCAAUAGUUGUUGUGAAAGAGGUUGAAAUUUCAGAACCGGAGCUUAGAAAGGAAGAAAUUCCAGAACCAGUUUCUGAAGUGGAGGAUAAACUCUUGGAACAAUCUGAGGUUGCUGAAAAAGUUGAGAAAGAAUGUUCAGAAGUUGAGACAGAAAAACCCAAAGAGAAUUUGGCUGAUAAGAUUGAGGAUCUCCCAACCAAUAAAGAGGAGGCUGUUAUAACUGAUACACCACAAGAAAAACCUGAAACUGCAGAAAACAUUGAGAAAGAAUGUGCUGAAGUUGGGCCUAAGGAGAGAGUGAAAGUCGAAAUUGCAAAAGAUGAAGAGACUUUAGCUGAGAAGAUUGAGGAUCCUUCAUUGAAAGAGGAGGAAACAGUUAAAGAGGAAUCUGUGGUAACUGAAAACCCACGAGAGCUAUCUGAAGUUGCUGAAAAAGUUGAGAAAGAAUGUGAAGGAGUUGAGCCUAAGGAGAAUGUAAAGGUUGAUGAAAUAGAGAAAGAAGUGGUUUUGGCUGAUAAGAUUGAGGAUCCAGUGGUGAAAGAGGAGGAAACCGUCAAAGAGGAACCUGUUGUAACAGAAAGUUCGGAUCAAGUUACACCAACCAUUGUGGAAGCUCAAAUUGAUAACACAGAAGAUGGAGGGGAAAAAUCUCCUACUGUUGUAGCAGAAAGUACCAGUAUUGCUGACAAAGGGAAAGAAUUGGGUGGAACUGAAGUGUUACCAAAAGAGGAAGUUCAAGUGUUACCAAAAGAGGAAGUUGUGGAAUCAGGAAAAGUUGAAUUGGAGACUGAAGGAAAGAGUGCAAAAACUGAAGAAGAGAAAGAAGUGGGAAAAUCCGUAACUGAGGAAUCGGAUGAGCCUGUGGUUUCUGCCACUGAGGUCACUGAAAAAGCUUUGGAAAUGGUAAAUACUUCCAGAGCCAUUGAACUGCCUGCUGAAAAUGGGAAAGCAAGUGUAAAAGAUGAGACUGUCACUCCAGUUGAGACUGAGAAAAAUGGAGUGGAGGAGAAAAAGGUAGAGGAAGUCGCAACUACAACUGUUGGAGAGCAGGUUGAAGAGCCAAAGGAAUCUGAGACAGAAGUGAAAGGAGAGGAAGCUGUUCAAACUGGUGAAACGACCUUGGAGCAGGAAAAAGAAGGAAAACCCGAUGUUCCAAUUGUGGAGCCCGCCAAGGACGGGGAUGACACCAUAAUGUCGGGGGAGCCUCCUAAAGAAGAGGUUCCCACAAAGCCUAGUUCCAAACAAUCACACAACAUCAUGUCAAAGGUGAAGCAAUCACUUGUGAAGGCAAAGAAAGCUAUCCUAGGAAAAUCACCCAAUCCAAAAACAGUCUCAUCUGAAGCCAAGGGGGAUGUUCAAGACAAAUGAUUCGACACACAAUGCAUGGACUUUCAAAUACAUGGUAUUUUUAUUGUUGUUUCGUGUACAGUAAAUUCGAUUGGUUUGAGCAGUGUUUUCUGUUUGAUUGUUUGUGUGUAGUGUGUUUGUAGACAAUAUACUUAGUGGUUUGUUCAAUAGUGUGCUAUUUAGAGAGUUUUCUUUCUUUCUUUCUUCAGUCCUAUCAUUUUUUAAGGCCUAUUUGGGUAGUCUGUGUGGUGAUGCUGCCAAUAAUGGUCUGUAAGAUAGAACUUCUUGAAUGUUUGUGAAUUGAGAUUAUAUGCAGAAUUCUGCUACA